AUGCGCAGCGGGGCCGCGCCGGCGACGUGGAGGCGGGCGGGGACCGUCAGGGGCCGUGAGGGGACCCGGGAGCGGCACGGGCCGAGGCACCCUGCUAUUGAUCCCGCCACCGACCCAGGGCACGGACGAAAUGAAAAUUUAGAAAAACCUUUGCCAAAUAAAGAAGAUGGGAGCGAAUAGCAGCAGUAUCAGUGAGCUUCCAGAAAAUGAGUACUUACAGAAACUGUCAGGAUCAGAGCCCAUCUCUGAGAAUGACCCAUUCUGGAAUCAGCUUCUGUCCUUUAGCUUCACCACUCCAACAAACAGUGCUGAUUUAAAGCUCUUGGAAGAAGCCACAAUCUCAGUCUGCAAGUCUUUAGUUGAGAAGAAUCCUCGAACAGGAAACCUUGGAUCAUUGAUUAAAGUCUUUCUUUCUAGAACCAAAGAGUUAAAAAUUUCAGCAGAAUGUCAGAACCACCUCUUUAUCUGGCAGGCUCACAAUGCACUGUUCAUUAUUUGCUGUUUGCUGAAAGUAUUCAUCAGUCGAAUGUCAGAAGAGGAGCUGCAACUUCAUUUUACUUAUGAAGAGAAAGCAGGACCAAGCUCAUAUGGAGUGGAGUGUGAAGACCUCAUAGAAGAGUUGCUGUGUUGCCUCAUCCAGCUCAUUGUUGAAAUUCCCCUCUUGUACCCCUGUCAGCACACAGACAGUAACUGGUGGAAAUGGUUGUGCUCAUGGUACAGGGGAAGGUACAGUGGAGGUGUCACUUCAGCUCUGGGGUAUGCAGUAAGAGAUAUUACAUACAGCAUUUCUUUGGAAGCCGUGACAACUCUCAUUGUGUUCCUCUCCUGCCAAUUAUUCCACAAAGAGAUUCUGCGAGAGAGCAUCAUUCACAGAUACCUGAUGCAUGGUCGAUGUCUCCCAUACACCAGCAGACUUGUGAAAACUUUGCUGUAUAAUUUCAUUAGACAAGAGAGAAGCCCUCCUCCAGGGACCCACGUCUUUCAGCAGCAAACAGAUGGAGGAGGACUGCUCUAUGGAAUUGCAUCUGGGGUGGCAACUGGCCUCUGGACAGUGUUCACGCUGGGUGGGGUGGGCAGCAAGGCAUCGGCACAGCUGGAGCAGUGCUCCCCUCUGGCCAGCCAGAGCCUGCUGCUGCUGCUGGUCCUGGCCAACCUGACUGACACUCCAGACUCCCCAAACCCCUACAGACAAGCCAUCAUGUCCUUCAAGAACACACAAGAUAACACUGCUUUUUCGUCAUCAAAUCCACAUGCUUUCCAGAUUAACUUUAACAGUUUAUACACAGCUUUAUGUGAUCAGCAGAAAUCUGAUCAAGCCACUCUUCUCUUAUACAUGCUUCUGCAUCAGAACAGCAACGUGCGCACCUACGUGUUGGCACGGACAGACAUAGAGAAUCUGGUUCUGCCAAUUCUUGAAAUCCUCUAUCACGUUGAAGAAAGGAAUUCACACCAUGUGUACAUGGCCCUUAUAAUUUUGCUGAUCCUCACGGAGGAUGAUGGCUUCAACCGAUCCAUUCAUGAAGUGAUACUGAAAAACAUUACUUGGUAUGCUGAACGUGUCCUAACAGAGAUCUCACUUGGGAGUCUUCUGAUACUGGUUGUGAUAAGAACCAUCCAGUACAACAUGACACGGACAAGGGACAAAUACCUCCACACAAAUUGUCUGGCAGCCUUAGCAAAUAUGUCGGCACAGUUCCGCUCGCUUCAUCAGUAUGCUGCUCAGAGGAUCAUCAGUCUAUUUUCUCUGUUGUCUAAAAAACACAACAAAGUGCUGGAGCAAGCCACGCAGUCCUUGAGAGGUUCCUUGGGUUCAAACGACUCUCCACUUCCUGAUUAUCACUUUUGGGAGAUGUCUGAUUGCCUUCACUUCUCUGAAACAAAGUUGAGACACGCACAGGACCUGAAUGUGAUUGAGGAAGUGAUCCGAAUGAUGCUGGAGAUCAUCAACUCCUGCCUGACCAACUCCCUCCAUCACAACCCCAACCUGGUGUAUGCUCUGCUCUACAAGCGCGAUCUGUUCGAGCAGUUUCGGACUCACCCCUCCUUCCAGGACAUCAUGCAAAAUAUAGACCUGGUGAUCAGCUUUUUCAGCUCCCGAUUAGAGCAAGCUGGAGCUGAGCUGUCAGUGGAGCGAGUUCUGGAAAUCAUCAAGCAAGGAGCUGUUGCUUUGCCCAAAGACAGGCUAAGAGUAAGUGCUCAAGAUCUCAUCACUUAAAGUAUACUGUUCCUA